UGAAUAUAAUAACAGAAAAGUCGCUCAAAAGUACAAUAGCUGAUAUAAAUACAAGUACAAUUUAAAUAAGUUAAAAAUGGGUUGCGCCGAAAGCAAAGAUGAGGAUGGAACUCAAAAUAACCGAAAUAGACCCAAGUAUCGCACCUGUACGGACGUUUUUUGGCUUGUGAUUUACAUAUUGUUUUGGUUGUUUUUGAUUGUAAUUGCCAUAUUUUCGUUUGUAUUUGGCAAUCCGUUGCGUGUUUUGAAUGGCUACGACUCCUUUGGCAACACCUGUGGCGUUAAACACAACGAAAAGUUUCAAAACUUUCAGCUGUCAGGCAGAAAUACGAUAAAUGAACCGGAAGUCUUAUAUUUUGAUGUUGGACAACUAAAAAAAUCAUUGAAAAUUUGUGUUAAGGAGUGUCCCAAGCGGACACUGACCAAAGCCCAGGAUGUGCUACAGUAUUAUAGUGAAACCGGCAGUCAGCUUUGCAAAUAUGACUAUGAUAUGCCAAAGUUGACAAAUCUGCCAAGCAAUGAUGUGGAUAAAACGUUUAAUUUCCUGGGCCCUUGUCCAAGCUUACCCAUAUUGGAAAGUACCUCUGUGCUGCAUCGCUGUGUACCCAACAAGUCACAAAAGGAUGCUAAGGAACUUUACACCAUGCUCAACAAUUGGGAUGUAGCGCAACAAUUUCUGGGUGAUAUUUACGCCACUUGGCAUAUAAUUGCAAUGGUCUGCGGUCUAUCGUUGCUUAUAUCCAUUGCUUUGGUUACAAUGAUGCAUUGGCUGUCCCGCAUAGUUUCCUGGCUUAUUUGCGUGCUGGUCAUAGUGGCCAGUAUUGGACUAACAGUUGCACUUUGGUACGCCUAUUAUAGCAUACGCCACAAGACCGAUCAAAAUGUACAGAUUUCUCAACUGGAGGAGUUUUUGCGUAAUCAGCAUGCAGUACUCGCUCUGGCCGUAAUAGCGACAAUAACUAUGGUCAUUCUUUUGGUUAUCAUUUACUUCCUUAAGAGCAAACUGUCUGGUCUUGCUGCGCUCUUUGAGGAAUCAGGCAUUUGCAUGAUGAAUCUGCCUGGCUUGCUGAUUGCUCCUCUCAUUGCCUUUAUUGUUCUUAUAGCAUUUUUAUCAUUUUGGGUAGCGGUUGUCAUUUGUCUCGCCACUGCUACCACGCCCGAUAAGAAUCCUCUGGCACCGUUCCAGAGUGCUUCAGUUGCUCACCAGACAUUGCCUUUGAAUACAAACGCGUUGCUAGCCAACCAAACUGCCACUGGACUUAAUGGAGUUGAGCAAAGAACUCUCCGACACGUAGAGUUUACGGAUGAUGAUACACUGCGCAGCAUGUUUUGGAUUUAUGUUGUUGGUCUUAUCUGGACUGUUGAAUUCAUCUUUGCCUGUCAGCAGUUUGCUCUUGCCGCCGCUGUUGCCUUUUGGUACUUUAAUAAGCCGACGACCACACCAACAAUUUAUGCCAUUGGAAAAUUAGUUAAAUAUCAUUUGGGUACUGUAGCGAAGGGCUCGUUUGUCAUUACCAUUUUCAAAAUUCCACGACUUAUUUUGACCUAUCUAUACGCCAAACUAAAGAAGGGCGAGGACAAAGGAUCCGAGUGUGCUGCUUGCUGUCUAAAGUGCUGCAUCUGCGGCUUUUGGCUAUUGGAGAAGUUUAUUCGUUUCCUUAACCACAACGCCUACACUGUAGUGGCCAUUGAAUCAAUUAACUUUUGUCCGGCUGCAGGCAUUGCCUGGAACGCUAUGGCCACCAAUGUACUGCAAGUGGCAACAAUUAAUAGCAUUGGUGACUUUAUCCUCUUCUUGGGCAAAAUUGUGGUCGCGUCUAUUGCUGGUCUGGUUGGCAUCUUUAUGCUAAAGGAUAAACCAGGACUUAACUUUUACAUGGCGCCUGUCAUACUCAUUAUCAUAUUCUCAUUCUUUAUUGCCCAUAUUGUGCUCUCGCUCUUUGAGAUGGUGGUGGACACGUUGUUUUUGUGCGUCUGUGAAGAUAAAACUAUUAAUGGACGCGCUGGUCGUUGGGCCCAAAGCAAUUUGGCCCACCUUGUGGGUGAGGAGCCGCUGCAGGCGGGCGAGGAGCCACCUAUUCAAGUUGUGGAAAUGAUGCCCAUUAACAAGCAGCCAUUUAGCAUUACACGACUACCGCCAAGUGAUGCUGAAGUCUCCCCAAUGGCGGAGUAAAUUCAUAUUCCAAUACAAAGACGCUAUCAUCACAUAUAUACAUAAAUUCUAUAUUCUAACGAAAUACGCAGCAUCUAUCUCAGCUCGUGCCCUCCUGGUAAACAAACUCAACGUACAAAACGUAGUAAAAGAUGAUAUAUAUUUUACACAUGAUAUUGAAACCAUAAUAACUGCACAAUUUAUAAAUGUAUU